AUGGUUAAACGAAGUGCUUCCAAAAAAUCAAAACAAUCAUGUAAAACAACUAAAAAAAGCGAAUGCAGUAAUAAAAAUGUACAAACUGGUGGCAAACGACAACCAAGUGGCUAUCUUAUGUUUUGUUCUGAGCAACGAACGCAUCGAAAGAGUGAUUUUGAAAUGAUGAAACCAAAAGAAAUCAUGCAAUAUUUAGGAGCUGAAUGGCGUAAAUUAUCUCCUCAACAACAAGAAUCUUACAAAAUUAAAGCUCCUAAUAAAGUUCACCAUGAUACAUCUAACAAAGAAGAAGCGAAAUCACAAAAAUGUCAUACACAUACGAAAAGUACUUGUCAUCAAUCUGAAGCAAAAGCGAAAAGCAAUACACUUCAUAAUUCUACUUGUUCAAAAAAUUCUUCAAAAAAGAAAGAAAAUGCAAAGAUGAAGAAAAAUGCACAUGAAAAAAUCACCAGUCAAAAACUAGCUCAUCGUGAUGAAGAAGCUCAUCAAGUUGAUAUUAAUCUAACAGAUUAA